GGGGCAUUUGUUCGCUCCGCGCUCUGGUGCUGGCUGGUUUGGCUUGAUCGGCAAGGCAUCCAGCACCCAUCGCCCAGCUCUCUCCCCGCUUUCUCCUGCAUCUACCGCCGCCCUUGGCCUCUGCCCUCGCGAAGAAGACUGCUGUUCGGCCAUGCCAGCCAUGUUUGCCCAGCUGCAGACGUUCAUGUUUUGGUGGCUCGUGCCAGCCUAUGCGACCCAGUUCAUCCAAAAAGCCAUCUACUUUUUGUUUUUCAAGCACCCACCCCAGCCCAACCAUCGUCGCUUCCAGCAACACGCCAGAUUGAUCUACAUAUCCGUGGUUCUGGGCUACCUAGUUUACUCAACCGUCCAGAUCGAACGCUCGAUCGACCCCAGCUACUACAAUUAUCUGCAAGUUCCCCUCGAUGCCACUCCGGCCCAGAUCAAAUCUAGCUACCGGUCUCUAUCGCUGCAACUCCAUCCCGAUAAAGUGCACGAUCCCGAACUCCGUGCUCAGUACGAGGCAGUUUACCUGAGCAUUCGGAACGGAUACGAAGUCCUCAAGGAGCCCCUGACCCGCACGGCGUAUGACAAGUUUGGCGAUCUGGUCAAGACCUGCACUCACUGCAAAACCCUGAGGGACUACACAGUGGCGUCACUCGCUUCGUUUUACUACUUCUACGUCGUCACGGCCUUUGUGCUGUUGGUCAUGAUGGUCCUCGGCAAGGGCGAAUAUGGCAAAUACUGGCGCUUCGUCGGUCUCUUUGCUCUUGGCGUGCUCGAAUACCAGACGAUCGUCUCCCCAGCUGGCCAGGAGCCGCUCGGAUGGCUGUUCACCUGGCGAACUCCUCAUCAGAAGCUGGUGCUCUUUCAUCAGCUAUACAUCUCGCUGUGCAUUGCUGUCUCACAGAUCGGCCCGCUCUUGGCUCCGGUCAACAUGCCUCCGAGCCAGGAUAAGGAGGUGGAGAUCCUGACGAACCAAGUGCUGGAGCUCGAAAAGCUGACCAACAUGGAGCUGAAGGAAGUCGGCUCGUACCUACAGACUGUACUUGAGCCCUACAAGGACCACCCGGCUGAAGCCGGAGUGCUGCGUCGCAAGAUGGAGAAGCUGAUGGUCGACUCGGCCAUCUUGGAGACCAACAGCGACUACCGGAGUGCUUAUGAAGCUGCCAGCAAGCGAUUUCGUGGGCCCGGGUCGUAGCAGAAGGACAGACGAUCCGGCAGAGUCGUGAGGAUGAAGGCGCAUGCUGGAGACAAAUGCACGUUGCCCCCCCCCACUGCCCAGUGCUCUGUACGAAGCGACCCGCCAUUAUCGAGCGACAGGUCUCUAUGUGCGCUGUUGGCCGCAACUCUGGGGGGUAAAUCUUGGACGGCAUGAACUCAAAUACACACGAGCGAUCGCUGCGAA